AUGGACGCUCACCCCUCGCGCAAGCUCGUCAAAAAAGCCAAAGGCCCGCCCAUCAGCUUCAACAACGUCCGCAACCACUCGCUCCAGCGCGCGCCCUCGGCACCGACGUAUCCCUCGUUCCACGCCCAGCGCACCGCCGACCCCGCGGCCGCCCCCUUCGCCCUCGCCCUCGCGGGAGAAGCGCAGCCGUCGCCCUCACCACCGCUGCUGCGGCGCCAGACGUCCAACCCAGCCAUCUCGCUCACCCGGCCCGCUGCCUCUGGCGCCAGCUCCUCGCACUCGCUGCGCACCACCCCGGAGCUCGUGGGCGCGCCCUUUGACGCGGCCGCCAUCAACAAGAGCAUCAGCGCGACCAUCGCCACGCAACGCCCCCCGCUCGCCCACCAGCCCUCGUCGCGCGCAGCCGACCACCCGCCGCCGCAGUCCAAGAAGAAGCCCGGCAAGUCGCCCAAGCUGCGCCAGAGCGCCAGCUUCACGCUCGCCCGCAGGAUGAACGACACAAUCACCCCGCCGCGCUCCGACGGCGGCACCAAGUCGCCCCGCCAGCGCUACUCGGACGAGGCCGACGCCGCCCACUCCAAGAACCGCAAGUCGGACGGCGGCAAGAAGAAGGGCGCCUUCUCGAGCUUCAUGAACAGCAUGCUCGGCUCACCGCGCCGCCCCACCAUCUCCACGCCCACCAACCCCAUGCACGUCACCCACGUCAGCAUCGACAACGAGACGGGCGAGUUUACCGGCCUGCCCAAGGAAUGGCAACGCAUGCUGCAGCAGAACGGCAUCACAGAGCAGGAGCAGAAACAGCACCCCCAGGCCGUCAUGGACGUCGUGACCUUCUACAAGGACAACGCAGAGAAGAACGAGGAGGACGCGAUAUGGGACAAGAUGGGACCAGCCCAGGCCUAUGCCUACCAGGCAAACGUGACCCCAGGCUCGGGCUACAGCAACAUCCAGCCCUUGCUCAGCCCUCCCCAGAGCCCGCGCUUCCCGCGCAACGACCUCGACAGCUUCGAGAACCCGCGUGCCCCGCCGCCAAUCCCUCGCAGCCACACAUCGCCUGGCAUGGGACCGCCUGUCUCCCCGCAAAUAAAUGGCACCCUCAUUCCAAAUCGGCCCGCUCCGAAGCCACCGGGGGCAUCGGCCGCGAAUUUGGUCCCCAGCCGCCCUGCUCCUUCGGCGCCCAGUCAAUCUUCGCAGCAACCCUUGCAGACACCGCGGGAAGAGAACGCCUAUCCACAAGUUGCAUAUGUUCCUCCGACCGUGACGGACAGUCCACAUGGCACGUCCUCCGCACCGCGAAGUCGAGCGAACACGACAGGUGGCACGCCGCCCCGCUACGACUCGCCAUCAAGCGCGACGGCCAUGUCCCCUGCCCAGCAGUACCAGCAGCAGCAAGCCCAAGCUAUGGCUGCUGCCCAGCAGUCCAUGUCCGUCAAGCAGCCUCAGCUGGCACGGGCUCUGAGCCAGAAAACACCGCAGCCACAGCCUCCGCACCUGGCUCCUGCCGUCCCCGCGCCCUCGCAGCCAUCGCCCCAGCAACAGUUUGCUCAACAGUCUGACCCACAGAACAUUCCUCUGCCAUCUCAGCAGGCACGCGUGGGCCCAGCGCCCCGCCCUCGACAGAGGCCUCGACAAAGCCAGGGUCCCGACAUUGUGGCCAAGCUGAACGCCAUCUGCACGAACGCCGACCCCACACUGAGAUACCGGAAUCUGAACAAGAUUGGACAGGGUGCUUCUGGUGGCGUUUUCUCCGCCUACGAAGUCGGUAGCAACAAGUGUGUGGCAAUCAAGCAGAUGAACCUGGAACAACAACCUAAGAAGGACUUGAUCAUCAACGAGAUCCUUGUCAUGCAGAACAGCAAACACAGGAACAUUGUGAACUUUAUGGAUAGCUUCCUCGUUCGGGGAGAUUUGUGGGUUGUCAUGGAAUACAUGGAGGGAGGCAGUUUGACGGAUGUCGUAACCUUCAACAUCAUGUCAGAAGGGCAGAUCGCUGCCGUCUGCCGUGAGACACUGAACGGUCUGCAACAUCUACACUCAAAGGGAGUUAUUCAUCGUGACAUUAAAUCUGAUAACAUCCUGCUUUCCCUGGAGGGCAAUAUCAAGCUGACCGACUUUGGAUUCUGUGCCCAGAUCAGCGAGACCCAAAACAAACGUACCACCAUGGUAGGAACACCGUACUGGAUGGCGCCGGAAGUAGUUACGCGGAAAGAGUAUGGCAGGAAAGUCGACAUUUGGUCGCUGGGUAUCAUGGCCAUUGAGAUGAUUGAAGGCGAACCGCCAUAUCUCAACGAAAGCCCUCUGCGCGCAUUAUGGCUCAUCGCGACGAACGGCACACCUACCAUCAAAGAUGAACAGGCCCUGUCGCCGGUAUUCAAGGACUUCUUGCACUUCUCGCUGAAGGUAGAUCCAGACAAGCGCGCCAGCGCCCAUGAUCUUCUUACGCAUCCUUUCAUUGCCACCGCAGAGCCUUUGAACACGCUGGCGCCAUUGGUUCUCGCUGCAAGAAAGGCGCGGGCUGAGGAGCGUCGGAAGAAAGGUGGUAUGUGA